GCCAGGCACAGGAUGCAUGUACCGGGCACCAGAGCAAAGAUGUCCAGCAUCUUUGCCUAUCAGAGUUCUGAGGUGGAUUGGUGUGAGAGUAAUUUCCAGCACUCGGAGUUGGUGGCCGAGUUCUACAAUACGUUCAGCAAUGUGUUCUUCCUCAUCUUUGGACCCCUCAUGAUGUUCCUCAUGCAUCCGUAUGCCCAGAAGCGUACCCGGUGUUUCUAUGGAGUGUCAGUCCUCUUCAUGCUCAUAGGGCUGUUCUCCAUGUAUUUCCACAUGACACUCAGCUUUCUGGGACAGCUGCUGGACGAGAUCUCCAUCCUGUGGUUGUUGGCCAGUGGAUACAGUGUGUGGCUGCCCCGUUGCUACUUCCCCAAGUUCGUCAAGGGGAACAGGUUCUACUUCAGCUGCCUGGUAAUUAUAACCACUAUUAUCAGCACCUUCUUGACGUUCGUGAAGCCCACAGUCAAUGCAUAUGCUCUCAACAGCAUCGCCAUACACAUCCUCUACAUUGUGCGCACAGAGUACAAGAAGAUUAGGGAUGGGGACCUCCGGCAUCUGAUUGCGGUUUCUGUGGUCUUAUGGGCCGCUGCACUGACCAGCUGGAUCAGUGACCGUGUACUUUGCAGCUUCUGGCAGCGGAUUCACUUCUACUACCUGCACAGCAUUUGGCACGUCCUCAUAAGCAUCACAUUUCCUUAUGGUAUCGUGACUAUGGCCCUGGUGGAUGCAAAGUAUGAGAUGCCAGAUAAAACCCUCAAACUCCACUACUGGCCCCGGGACAGCUGGAUCGUCGGGCUACCCUAUGUGGAGAUCCAGGAGAAUGACAAGAACUGCUGAGCUCUGCUGUAGUCUCUGCUCUCCGGCCAGCCACCGAGUCUCCUGUGUACUGAGGAUACAGGGCAGGACAAGGCUUUCAGUGGGCACACUUGCAGCACCCAUCCCAGCCCAUGCUCCUUGCCCUGCCUUGUCAGCACAGGGUAGAUUUACAUGUGGCUCAGGGUACUAGUUUGGUGGCUGAGGGACAGGGGCUGCCUGGUGUGUGGGAUGACUGGCCUGUGUCCACCUAUGAGACCACAGCUUCUUCAUGGCCACGGAUGUGGUGGACAGAUGGGUGUGUGGCUGAUACAGCACCUGCCUGAAGCAUAAUGCUUGCUCUCUGUCAGCUCGCACAUCUGGGACUGUUUAUGAGUGUUAUGGAUUCAACUGGAUCAUGACUGUAUUCUGGGAAACUGGGGAGUAUCCAAAGAACAUUCUAGGCCCCACCACAUACAGAUAGAUAUUCGUAUAGAGACCUCUUUGAACCACCACAUGCACUCAGGGCAUAGUGUUGAACAUGAGAGCCAUGCAUGAGGAUAAUAAAGGGCUAACCUGGGUGACAUCAUGGGACACUUAGAGGAUAGGGUACUGGGGAAAGGGUCUCCGUGAUGGCUAAGGACACAGAGUUAGACGUGCCAAAGCCUGAUUUUCUGCUCCACAGUAUUCAGCUUGCAUAGCCCUGAGGGGUGUGAUGUUUCAAAUGCUGUUUGUAAAUAAAAUGUCAUCCCCUCCUGGGAUUUCUGUUGAUUAAAAU